UAUCAAAAGUAUUCUAAAGACAUUUUAAUGGCUUCUUCUUCCUACUGCUUUAGCGUCCUGUCUCUGGUUGUUCUGUUACCAUUUCUCUUACACUCUGCUUCGGCCACAAGUUACAUUGAUGCCAUAUGCCAAAAAUUCAGAGGGGACAAAGCCUUCUGCGUCAAAACCUUGAGUGCAUACCCUCCUGCUGCCUCAGCCACCAGCCCGCUCCAAGCGGCUGUGGCCACGCUUAACCUAGGAUCGUCUUAUGCCAGUAAGACUGCGGAUUUUACGGGUAAAGCGGCAAAGGCGGAUCCGAAGUUGAUGAAGGAUUUGGCGGCUUGUCAAAACGAAUUUGUGGUCAUUCAAAGGUCUCUCAAGAGUGCUUCCUCGGAAGUCAAGGAAGAUCCAGAGAGUGCAAACUAUGACGUCAUGCUUUGUUUCGACAGCACAACGUCGGUGAAGAAUUUGGUCGGAAAGAAUACAGACCAGGCUUCCAAGACUGUCAUAACGAUGACAUUGAUGAUGGAGAAAUUUAUUGGUCUCGGCCUUGGAGCCACCGAAACUCUUGGAGGUUAAAGACGACGAUCAGAAGGUUUACUCUGGUCAAAGGUUUUGGUUAUUUGAUUUUAAGGAAUGAAAAUGUUUUGGUUUAUCUUUAACAAAAAGAAGAAAAGAAAUGUUUUUUUUUUAUAUGAUGAUCUAUAAAUCUCUUCUUUGAAUUGGAACA